AUGUCCAAGUCAAAGUAUGUCGAGGACGAAUACGACGAACUCGGCAGUGACGCUGAAGAUACUCCAAUGACUGCUCCCGACCAAGACGACUUACAAGAUGAAGACUCGGAUCAAGACGACGACGACGACGAAAUGGAUGAACUAGCUUCCGAUUCAUAUUCUCAAGGCGACGAAGCUGAAUAUGGUCGUCCUCCUUCCAGAGCUCGUGCUGCAAAAAGCAAGACGAAAGCUCCUGCCACCAAGGCUGUCAAAUCAUCUGGAAGUGAUCGUAGACGAAGUAAAGGAUCUCCAAGUGGUAGUAGUACCGGUAGUAGUCCGCGCCAUGGUGGUAAAAGUGCUGGCAAGGCUAAAGGAAGGAAGAGUCGUUUGUCUGGCAAGAUGACUUCCGAAGAGGACUUUGACGACGACGAUGACGAAGAUCAAGCCAUGGAUGAAGACGAAGAUGAAGAUGAAAUGGCUUACGAAACUCCAAACUCAUCAAAACCCGCCAAAAAGAACGACAGGAAACGUAAAAAGCCAUCGUCAUCAAAGAGCCAGUCAUCAGCUUCAAAAUCCAAACUUGUACCAUAUGAUCCUGUCGUCAUUCCUAUGGGCGGUGAAAUGACACCACAGACUGUAGACAAAUUUUUGGGAUGGCGUGUCAAUCCUGAAAAUCCUGCUGAGGAGCAAAUGUUGGUCAAGUAUAAGAACAUGAGUUACUAUCACGCUCAGUGGCUUCCAAGAGAAACAGUUGAAUUCAACAAGAUGGCUGCUGUCCGAGUACGACGAUUCUUGGAAAAGCCAGCUUGGGAAACUCAAUGGAAUGAAGAUGAAUUCUUCAAUCCCUCCUUUGUCAAGAUUGAUCGUCUUGUUGAUGAAGGAGAAUUGGAAGGUGCCAUCUACUUUUUGGUUAAAUGGGGCUCGUUGACUUAUGAUAUGUGUACUUGGGAGACUCAAGAGACUGUCAAAGAGAUUGAUGAAGAUAAGAUUGCGGAAUUCCAUGCAUCACGAGUCCUGCUUACUGAAAAGCGAGAAAGCCAACUCCGUGGUGAUGUUCGACCGCCAUUCAAAAACUGGAAGAAGAUUGAAAUAUCACCAACAUACAAGGACGAUCACGAAUUACGACCCUACCAACUCGAAGGUCUCAACUGGCUCACAUAUUGCUGGUUUAACAAACAAAACAGUAUCUUGGCCGAUGAAAUGGGUCUUGGUAAAACCGUACAAUCUGUCGUCUUUCUACAUAACUUGUAUGUCAAUGAGAAGGUUAUGGGACCCUUCUUGAUUAUUACUCCACUUUCCACUAUUGGUAAUUGGGAGAGAGAAAUCAAGGGCUGGACUGAUCUGAAUCUGGUCGUGUAUCAUGGUAAUGAAAUGGCGAGAAACUUGAUUGUGGAUACAGAGUUCUAUUAUCGUGAUGGCAAGAAUCAAAUAAUUCCUGGUGUCCACAAAUUUGAUAUAAUCUUGACAACAUAUGAAAUGGCCAUGGCUGGUGUUGCUCAACUCAAACCCAUCCAAUGGCGAACUGUCAUAUUGGACGAAGCCCAUCGUCUAAAAAAGAACACAUCAAAAAUAUCAGAGACUCUCAAGGCCUACAGGAUGGACCACAGAGUCCUCUUGACUGGUACUCCAUUACAAAACUCGUUAGAAGAGUUGUGGUCUCUACUCAACUUUCUUGAACCAUCAAAGUUUGCGGACGAAAGGGUCUUCCAAAACGAGUAUGGGAACUUGCGAGAUGCUGCUGAUGUUGAACGAUUGCAGCUGCUCUUGAAACCUUUAAUGUUGAGACGUUUGAAGGAGGAUGUUGAAAAGAGUAUUCCGGUCAAGGAGGAGACUAUUAUUGAAGUCGAGUUGACUACGAUGCAGAAGAAGUGGUAUCGAUCUAUUCUUGAAAAGAACUUUACAUGGCUCAAAGCCGGUAGUGGUAAAAAGACAAAUACCCCGCAGCUCAUCAACACCAUGAUGGAAUUACGAAAGUGUUGCAUACACCCAUUCCUCUUGAAAGGUGCUGAAGAGCAAAUCUAUGCCGAGUAUGGUGCUCAUACCAACGAAGAGCAAUUCUCUUGUCUCAUUGAAGCAUGUGGCAAGAUGGUCUUGAUUGAUAAGUUGCUGAAGAAGCUCAAGGAUGGCAAACAUAAGGUUUUGAUAUUCUCACAAAUGACCAAAUGUUUGGAUAUCAUUCAAGACUACUUGCGACGUAAGGCUUAUGGCUUUGAGCGUAUUGAUGGGUCUGUUCGUGGUGAUGUUCGUCAAGCUGCCAUCGACAGAUUCUGCUCUGGUGACUCUGAGAGCUUUGUCUUCUUGUUGUGUACUCGUGCCGGUGGUGUUGGUAUCAAUCUGACUGUUGCUGAUACUGUCAUUAUCUUUGACUCUGAUUGGAACCCUCAGAAUGACUUGCAAGCACAGUCACGUUGUCAUCGUAUUGGUCAGACCAAGGCUGUACAGAUAUACAGAUUGAUCACACGAGGAACAUAUGAACGAGAAAUGUUUGAUCGUGCUAGUAUCAAACUGGGUCUCGAUCGUGCUGUCCUUCAACGAAUGGGCUCUGGAGGUGGUGGUAUUGGUCCAGAUGAACAACCCACGCAACUCUCCAAGAUGGAAGUCGAGACCUUGUUGAAGAAGGGGGCUUAUGGAGCCUUCAUGGACGAUGAAGCUUCAAAGGCAUUCUGUGAAGAAGAUAUAGAUCAAAUCCUUGAACGACGUACCCAAGUAAUCAAGCACGAUGCUAAUGAUACUCGAGAUGCACAAGGAUCCAUCUUCUCUAAGGCUAGUUUUGCCUCGGCCGAAACGGACGCGGUUGCCUUGGAUGAUCCAGAGUUUUGGGAUAAAGUAGCUCAGAAGGCUAGUUUGAAUGUAGUCCAUCAACAAGCAGCACCAACACUCAUUAUGGAAGGAGCUCGAGAACGUCGUCAAACACAACGAUUUGGUGGUAAAGACGAUGACGACUCUGCCUCGGAAGUAGAUAUAGCAGCCGUGAUACGAGAAGUGACUGCAGCCGAAAAGAAAAUCAAACCCCAAGAUUUAUUAAAGCCAUGGUCUGGUACUGAACGUCAACGAUUUGAACGACGACUCAUGAAUUAUGGAUUUGGACAAUGGGAUAAAAUGGCGCGGAUAUUUAAUCGUCGUAGUAUUCCUGAUUUGAAGGCUGCCGGACGACUCUUGUUGCAGCAUUGUAUUACUCAACCUCAAGUUGUCGACCUCGAGUUGGCUAAACAAGGAAAGGAGAUUAUUGAUGCGGAUGCUCCUGCUCCUGAAGGUGUUGGACCAGAGAUUCCCUAUCUUGGUGCUACGCAAAAUCAGAUUCUCGAGUUCAAAUCCUUCUUAGAAGAUACGACUAUAGAUCAUAGAGCCAAUUUAGGUCGUCGUGCCAAAUCCAUUCUUACUCGUAUCGUCAUGUUGUGGAGUGUAAAGAGCAAGAUUGAUCCACAUCCUGGUACAAUUGUUCCAGUAAUACAGAGCACACCUCCAGCACCAUGGUGGGGACUUGAUGAAGACCGUGACUUGCUCAUUGGUGUCGUCAAGCAUGGAUAUGGCCAAUACGAUAACAUGAAGGUGGAUCCCGAGCUUAUAUUCUCUCAAAAGAAAUGGGCCAAGAAUGAUGAAGAGUAUGUUCUUAUGGAUGAAGGCGGUAAUGCUGAUGAAAAGAUGGAUGCAGAUGAUAUGCUUGAUGAUGCUCCUCUUCCUGGUGUCAAGACUGAAGAUGGUUUGACGUCUGAUAUUAAGAUGGACGGCGAUAUGGAUGAUUUUGAUGAUGUCAAGCCACCAAUACCCAUUGUAAAACAGGAUGUUGCAGCUCCAGCUCCACAUUCAGAGAAUGGGUUUGCUGGUCCUAGUAGCAGUCAAGAAGGGAAACCACCAGUACCAGAAACCGAUAUGAUGGCUGUAGAUGUAAACCCCAUUAUAAAAUCGGACGAGAAUGGAAUGGAUAUAGACCAUCAUGAUGGAGAGAAUGGUCAAGCAUCAGCAGCAGAAGACGUCAAACCACCACCUGCCGAACGAGUCAUUGUAGAAAUUGAUUUAGCUACUGGACUACCAUUUGGUGUCUAUCGAUGGCCUACUUCUGCUGAUCUUGGUGUGCGUAUAAAACGUCUAGUUGCUGGAUUCCAACGAGCUGCUGCUGCUGAGAAGAAGGCAUCUCUACGUCGAGAAAAGGAUCAAGCUCGUGUAAAAGUCAAGAAGGACAAGGAGAUUGAGAAAUCCAAAUCCAAGGAACGAGACUUGACUAAACGAGAAAAGGUUGAUUUCGUAAGGAUGCUCCACUCCUUCGGUGUAGAGACCGUACCAGGAGAACCCAAUGUCCGUGACUGGAAUCGAUUCCGUCAAAUCGCCAAUCUAGAACGUAAAUCGAGUGGUGUCUUGGAAGCCUACUACGUAAAACUUAUUUCCUUGUGUCAUGAAUGUAUUGAAAAGUUUGGACAAAAGGAUGCUGCAAAUGGCGGUGGUAAUGCUGCUGGUCACGAAGAAGAUGAUGACGACGAUCUUGAAGAAGCACCAGCUCCCAAGAAGGGUGAUCGAGUAACUACCAUUACACGAGAUGGAGAUGCCAUGAAUCUCAUCCGUGCUCGACGAAUACUCUUCCAUGUUGAACUCUUCCGUAAAUUACGACAAGAGGUCAUUACUAGUCCUGUUUUGGAUGCUCGAUUGGCUUUGGCUGUCAAACAUGAAAAGUCUGGGUUGCCUAAAUGGUAUGUUCCAGAGCUCCAUGAUCGGGCACUAUUGGAAGCUGUUGCUCGAUAUGGUAUCUUGAGGUCUGAUUUGAUGGUCCAAGACAAAGACCUACCAUUUGGUGAAAGAUUUGAAGAAUACACCAGACUCAAAGGCGGCAAAGCUAAGGAAGAGUUUGAACCUACAUCAUGGCUUGCUGAACCAUUCUGGAUGUCUGAGCAAGUCUCCAAUCGUCGUGUAGUAGCUCUGAUUGAUUUGGUGACUGCUCCAGAAGCCAAGCAGACUGUUAUUGAAGAUUAUGAAGGCAAAAUGGUUCGUCGUAAUCAGCCUCGGCGACGCAAGCCUCGUCCUUCUACCAGCAAGACACCUUCAUCUGCAAGGAAGGGUAAAGCUCGUAGUGGGUCGUUUGAUACAGACGAAGAAGAUUCUGAAGAUCCAUUCGAAGAGGAAGUUCUCGCUGGAUUUGGACCAGAAGAUGAAGCCGACAUGUUUGGUCCAGUACGAGCAAGUUCUAGGACUCCCAAGCCUCCACCUAUGGUGGAUUUGGGUGUUCUUGAACCCAAAGUCAGUCGACCUCCUCGAGUCAAGUCAUAUACACCUCCUAUAGCUGCUAUGCCAACUGUUGAGGCUCAAGGUAGUCUAGCAGUUGCACCGCCCAGGGCACCUACUCCCAUCGGUCCUAUUUCAUUGCCUCCAGUAACUCCCGUUGGUGGUGAUAGUGGUGAUGAUACUGAUGAGAUGAUGGAGCAAGCUGCAAAACGUACCAAGAAGCAACGAAAGAUCAAGGAUAAAGACCAAGACACUGAUUAUAGGACUUAUCCACGAGGUCGUAAAGGACGAACCAGUACCCCGAAGGGUGAAAAGGCUACCAAAGCUCGUAUAAAGUCAGGAACAUCGAGCCCUGCUGCUCUGACAUCUGGUUGGAAUGCACCAAUACCUAUUGCUCCGUCUCCCAUGACAUAUGGAAAUGGUAAUGAGCAACACCAAGGUGAUGCUAUGAUUAUGGCUCCUCAUCAGCCACCACCGCCGCCACAACAACAACAUAAUAUGUACCAACAACAAUAUCAAUCGAUGCCGCCAAUGUCCCAUUCACCUCUCACACAUACAAUGCCUCUCCCCCCCUCGAAUAUGGCGAUGCCACCUCAACAACAACUACAACAGCAAAUGCACCCACAACAACAACAGCAGAUGCAAAUGAAUGGCUACCCCCAAUAUUACUCUCACCCUCAACCACAACAACAUAUAGUGAUGUCUUCGUCUUCUGCUUCAGGUGCACAACCAAUGCAAAUAUCUGCAAAGCGAGCAUGGGACGAAGGUAGUGAGUGUCAUCCCCAACAACAGCAACAGAUGCAAAUGCAGAUGCAACAGCAACAACAUGAAAUGUAUGAGGAUGAAGAGGAGGACGAUGAGGAGCAACAAUGA